CCGAUGAAAUGGAAGUCACUCAGAGGAGAGCGAGGCAACGUGUGAGCUAAAAGCCCCUCCUACUGGUAAUGUGACAACGCUUUUGUGAAUUUUGUGAUCUUUAAAUCAAGAGCAAGUGGAAAUUCUGAUCUUAUUGCGCGUUUGCUUCGAGUCAGGACCACUACACUCAAAACAGAACAAAUGAUGGCUGCUUCCCGAGGACUUCCAAGGAUUUUGCUAAUAUUCAGUUUAGUACUGAACAGCACUAUAGGUGCUGACACUGGCUGUGAUGACUGGACUCUUAAUGGAAAUGAUGUCUGCUGCAAGAGAUGCAAGCCAGGGAACCGCUUGGUGGAGAGUUGUGGAAGAGACCCAGAAAAGCUCUGUAUCCCCUGUGAACCUGACACUUACAUAACCAGUCAUGAAUUCCACUGUUUGAGAUGUACCCAGUGCAUAGGUAAACAGUUUACGCUUAAACCUUGCACUAUCAGCAGCGAUACCGUAUGUGGAUGCAAGGCUGGAUAUCGGUGUGGAAACGACAAAUGUUCUUUCUGUGUUACUGAAUGCAAGGAGGGGGAGGAGCCAACCAAAGAGCGAUCUUGUAGAAAAUGUCCAGAGGGAAAAUUCAAUGAUAAAAUCCACAGUAUGUGCAAAGAAUGGAGAAAAAGUUGUCCUGAUGGACAGACUUUGGUCAAAGGAAAUGUUACCAGCGACAGUAUGUGCACAUAUUUAGAAGAACCUAAACAAGAACCCUUACCUGUUUUGACAGAUAAAAAAGAACCGACUAAAUUGCUUCCAGUUUUCAUUGCUGCAGGGAUGGCAGGGUUGGCUGUCCUUUGUAUCAUAGCAUCAGUGGUUGCAUAUGUAAAGGCACAAAACAAAACAGAGAAGCCAAAAUCCGAUACCCCUGACCAAGACCGCUCAGAUGAGUCCAGGAUAAUGACUGUUGAGCAAGAAGACUGUAGUUUCCGUCAUCCUGAGCAGGAACAGGGUGGCAGCUCAGAGUCCAUCAAUACACAAGACUCAGAGUCUAAACUCAUAGUGUGAGUUCACUGGGACAGCAUUAAUUUUCUUAUCUGACUCUAGCAUUGCUUCAAGAACAAGAGGGCACAACCACUAAACAUCUACUAAACUGUGAAAUACAUACUUGACUGGGUGUCUGUCAGCCAUUCCAGUUGGUGUAUCAGUGAUAAAUGGGAACAAAAUGGGUAGUUUCAUUUGUUCUGGAAAACAAAAUGAACUUUCACAUCAGAGUUUUUAACUUCUGAAGUAUAGUGCACCUUAAUAACACAGAGAUGAGAGGUUGUUAACGUAGGUGUGCAGUAGCAGACAAUAUGUCAACACUUUUAUGAGAGUAGGCGUCAUCUACUGGCGCUUGCGUCACAUUUUCAGGUCAAAGCCCUCUUGAAAUACCCUGGUGGGCUUCCCCACUUUUCUGUUUAAAACAGCACCUUU